AAUAUCGACAUAACAAACUUCAGCAGUAGCUGGAAUGAUGGCUUGGCUUUCUGUGCAGUCCUCCAUACUUACCUCCCAGCCCAUAUUCCCUAUCAAGAACUAAACAGCCAGGACAAGAGAAGAAAUUUCACUUUGGCUUUUCAAGCAGCUGAAAGUGUUGGCAUCAAAUCUACUCUGGACAUCAAUGAAAUGGUCCGAACUGAGCGUCCAGACUGGCAGAAUGUCAUGCUGUAUGUUACAGCAAUUUACAAAUACUUUGAAACCUGAAACCCUAAUAAUUCUGCAAAUCCAUGGGAUAGAACCAACAUGAGCUACCAGAUGGAAAUCUUGCUGAAAUGCUAAUCCCCAUUUCACUGAAAACUGGCAACAUUUGAGUCCCCUCAAACUUCAGUGACACAGUCCUGGACUGCCUCAGAUUGCUUCAGCUACUAAGCCUGGAAACAACUGUUUAAAAGCAAGAACUUGUUGCCACAAGUGCUUGGAAUAACCCAAGUUAUUAAGCUAUUCAGAUUAAUUAUGUAGCCUAAAAAGCCUGGGCUACUUAUGCGCUGCCUUUCCAGCCAGAGUUCUUGAAGCUUUCUUUCCUAGGAGUGAGAUGAAUGGAUCCUCUAGCAUUUAGGAGACUGAAUGUACAGCUAAAGCUUUGAGAAGGAAAAGGAUAACAUGGCAUCGUAUUACUGAACGUUCUGUAGCAUCCUGAUACCACGGAGUCUGAAUAUUCUACCCACAGCAUAUUGCACCC